AUGGGCAAAAGAAUAGUAUACACGAAGAUCACACCUCUACCAUCGAACAUCCCGCGACAGUUAGCUCUAGACAUGCUACACUCCCACGAAGAAGUCAUCAAGCUCAAUCCUCUGGUCACUGGCGUCACAUCGAUCGAUGCGCCUCGCGAUGCGCGCAGCGACGAAUUCUUCUCGCAAUGGUACGAAAUCAGCGAGAUCAUUACCUGGGGUUUUGGGUUGAAGAAGAAGAUCGCUUUCAAGGGCGUGUUCCAUAGUCAGCCAUGGGGUUUGCAGAGUCAUGUCUAUGCGCCUAUGAAUACGGAUAUGCGGAACAAGUACAAGAUCGGUGGGAAUCAACCUGGUGAGCCUAGAGAAGCGCGAGAGCUUGGUGUGAAUACGCCGUUGGAUGGAUUGUAUCUGAGAGAGGAUGUGGAUAUCAUGUGCAGUGUUCCACUCACGGCGAGCUUCGUCAAGAAAGAGGCGCAGGCUGCGACGGCUAUUAUGGUCGAUCGUUUAUCGAGGAAGGCGGAGUUGUUGGACGAGGGGAAGUUGCAUGCUAUGUUCGAAGCUGGUGUGUUGAAGACAUCGAAGCCGAAUGCAGAUGCAACUUUCGCCGACAGACCAUUGCCAUCGCCGAACAGCGCAUCGGACAUGUCGCCUUCAAUCGAGCCGGAUUCUGCGGUAAAGCGACAAUCGAGCUUCGGUGGUGGAUCGGCUGCCUUGGACGACAAGGGCUACGGCAGAUAUCAUGAAAUUGCACGUUCCGGGACCCAGAGCAGCAGGAGUAGCACAUACGUCCCGCAAUACCAGAAGUCUGGCUAUCAAGGGCCAGAGUAUACUAGGACCGGUGCCGAGCUGGCUGGCGUACCUGAGGUUGCAGAAAUGCCAGGUUCCUUCUAUCAACCCGAUCAACAGCACUCACCUGGUCUAUAUCCACCACCUCUGAAGUCACAGGGUCAAGUCUUUCGAGCUGAGCUGCCGGGUGACUAUCAAAUGCUUGCUCCGCCUACGAAAUCUGCGAAUAGUAGUCCUCAGCCAUCGCAGGGCGGCUUCCAGCAGUAUCAUCAGCCGCCAUCAAAUCAGUCAAGUAGUCCUCAGCCAAGCUACCAAGCUUAUCAGCAUUCGUCCGCGCAACCCAGCCCGAACAUGCCGAAUCGAGCGUCCUCGACGAGUAGCAGUACAUACAGCACACAGCAAUAUCAGAUGACGAACCCGUCACCACAGCCACCACAGCAGGCAUAUCCGGCGUAUAGAGCUCACAGCAACUCAGAGGUGCGCCAAGAAACACAGCAGCAACCAUAUCAACCAUAUUCUCAACAACAGCAGCAGCAGCAGAACCAACACCAACAUCAAGGCUACAGAAGCGGCUCGCACAGCUCAGCGCAAACCGAUCAAGUAGCCGCCUGGCAACGCGGUCUAAACAACGCCUCCACAGACGACCCAAAUACUAUGCGGAACUCGGUCGCCACGAGCUCCUUCUCCUCGGAACCAGACCAUCAGCGAUUCUCGGGUCUGUCGAUACAAAACACCCCCGUCCAGCAGCAGAGCCAAGUGACGCAAGGAGUCCCGAAUCUUUCAUCUCGAGGAUCGACAAGAGUGUCGAAGUGUCCUGUGUGUGGAUUGUUUGAGGGAGAUGAAGCGGCUAUCAGCCAUCAUGUCAGUAUGGCGCAUUUUGCUUGA